AAAUGCAGCAGUUUACAACAGAUAAUAAACAGAAUGUGACGUGUCGUCAACAAUGAUGCAUAAUUAUCAGUGGUUAUAAAAGAAACAUAACUAUUUCUGAAACUAUUUCUGCCCAGACCAAAGCUCUUACUUGGGGUAACUCCUGGUGAUCGUUGCAAAGUUGGUUAGAUCGUCACUCUGUUGAAUGUUGAAUCAUCAGAUUCAGGCAGGUUUCCUUCGCGGCAGAUGUAGGAGGAUGGUAGCGGGAUUCAGAUCUUCGACCAGAGCGCUGCUCUAUAGGGUCUUCUGGUUGCAGGAGCCGAGUUCUUUAUGUGUCCUUGUGGAUUCAGGGAUCAGUGGGCUUCCUUCAGUGCUCCUGUCCAAGCAACUACUCCCGGAACUACAGCCCAUCUGUUUGGAGGUAAGAUGACUUCUCAAAGUGCAAGGACGUUGCUCACACUGGAUGCUGAAGCAGUCGCCUCACUCAAAGAGGGAAUCAAUUUCAAUAAAAGCCAAGAGGACGGGAAAUGUUACAUCAUAUACAAGAACAACGACGGCCUUAGAGCAUGCAAGAACCAAUGCAAACACCAAGGAGGGUUAUUCAUCAAAGACAUCGAAGACCUGGAUGGCAGGACUGUUAAAUGCACCAAACACAACUGGAAGUUGAAUGUGUCAUCGAUGAAAUAUGUGAAUCUACCAGACAGCUUCUUGCAGGACGAGCUUGAUGUGGACAUUUUGGAUGACGGGGGGCUUCAGCUGGUUGAAUUGAGCCCCAUGGACCCCUGGCUGGCUGACCCGCGAGAGCCUCAGGAGCUCCAGGAAGGAGAAGUGAAGGUGACAUACAUGACCCACGCCUGCAUGGAGGUGCAGCUGGGCCAGAAGCGGUUCAUGUUCGACCCAUGGUUGAUAGGUCCUGAAUUCGCCCGAGGUUGGUGGCUUGUCCAUGAGCCUCCAGCAGACUGCCUGGACCGGAUGUGUACAGCAGAUUUCAUCUACAUCAGCCACAUGCACUCGGACCACCUUAGUUACCCCACAUUGAAGGUCCUCUCAGACAGGAGGCCAGAUACCCCCAUUUUUGUCGGUGACACAUCAAGACCUGUCUUUUGGGCUUUGGAGCAAAGCCAAGUCAAGCUGACCAACAUCAACGUCGUCCCUUUUGGAGUCUGGCAAAACCUUGAUGAGCACCUGAGAUUUAUGAUCUUGAUGGACGGCGUGCACCCUGAAAUGGACACCUGCAUCAUUCUGGAAUAUAAAGACUCCUGGAAAGCAGGGUUCAUCAAGAAUGAAAGGAAGAAGCUUCUGAAUUACAAAGCUCAGCUGGUGAAGUCCUUGGAGCCUUGGAUCUACUGCCUGUUUGCUGGCUACUUUGUGGAGGCUCAUCCAUCAUACCGGUACAUCAAAGAUACCAUUGUAAAAAACAAGGCAGAGGAUCUAAACGCGCUCAUCAAUAAGACCGCACCAGACAUCAAGACAUGGAUGCCCAAGCCAGGCGCUGUGCUGGACCUCGGCCUUGCUCUCAAGGAUCCCACCAACAGUGCGGCCAUCACCAAUCCCCCUGCCAAUGCAAAAAUCUACAAGGACAGCUGGGACUUUGACUUGUAUGUGGAUGAACUGAACAGUGCCAUUGGCAGUGAGAUAUUUAGACAUCGACGCUGGAUCCAGUUUUAUUACACCUGGGCAGGCUUUCAAAACUACAACCUUGUUGUGCGGGUAAAUAAACUCAACAUUUAAGUUUCUCUCUGUUAGUCUGGGACUGACAUGGUGGUUUUUCCUGUGCUUUACACAGAAGCAGCGAUAAGUAUGCACAAGUAUUUCUAUCUGUGGUGGCAUCAGGGACGUGCACAGACAUUUUGGGGGCAGGGGCUAGAGUAAAAAAAGGGGGCACUGCUAAAGCUAACAUAGCAUGUUUUAGCAUUUAAACACUUUCUGAUUCACAUAACUGUUUGAACAUUUGACUGUUGAUGAGAUAUGACAGGCAUAUAAUAAACUAAUUCUGUUUUGGUUAUACUGACGUCCCUUCCCAAACUAUUGAGUCUAAGUUUCUUAAUGGAAAACAAUAAUAAGGCAAUGAGGGAACUUGUCAAUCGAAACCCCCCAAAUAGUUUAUAUGUGCACGUUCCUUGGGGACGAAUCACUCUGGAGCUUCGUUCAUAAGUAGAAGGAUGUGUCGAAGACUUCAUCCCCAAUUGAGUCCAAGCCGGUGAUCUGUGCUGCAUGCCAUCUCUUCUCUUUUUGCUUAUUUCUUGCCACCUUUCCACCGUCUUAUCUGCCAAAAACAACUUUCUAAAAAAAGGUUUUAGGGUGUAGUCUGGUAAACCACUCUUUUUAACGUCUCUUUUUCCCUUUGUCAUG